UUCCUUUUCGUUUUUACCUUUCAUUUCUUCGCAUUCUUUUAUCUAGGGCUGCACCACCACCAGAUUCGUAGCCGCCGGUGGGUAAUUUCGAUACAGCUAUGGCGCCAAAGGAUGGUACUUUUCGUUUUCUUGUUUUAAUGGUAGCUCCCAAGUUCUUGAGAUGGUUUAAUGGAUAUUUUCACUGACAUGACCAAAAAGGCUGAUCCCAAAGCUCAAGCCUUGAAGACUGCCAAGGCAGUCAAGUCUGGGCCAACUUUUAAGAAGAAGGCUAAGAAAAUCAGAACAUCGGUCACAUUCCAUCGCCCGAAGACAUUGAAGAAGGAUAGGAAUCCCAAGUAUCCUCGAAUCAGUGUGACUCCUAUGAACAAGUUGGAUCAGUAUCAAAUUCUUAAAUAUCCACUCACCACUGAGUCUGCGAUGAAGAAGAUUGAGGAUAAUAACAUCCUUGUUUUUGUUGUUGAUAUUCGUGCCGACAAGAAAAAGAUUAAAGAUGCUGUCAAGAAGAUGUAUAACAUUCAAACCAAGAAAGUCAACACUCUAAUCAGACCUGAUGGAACAAAGAAGGCAUACGUUCGGUUAACCCCAGACUAUGAUGCUUUGGACGUGGCAAACAAGAUCGGAAUUAUCUAAACUUCCUAGGAAAGUAUUUGCAUUUCAGUGUCCACAAUUUUGUUUAAAUAUAUUUGACUGCAUCUUGUUGGAAUCCUAAUCUUUCUUGCUGUUUUUUCUUCUAUAUAUAUUGGUAAUUAGCUUGCAGCUAGCUCUGGUUGAUUGAGUUCAAAACACUCGUGGAGUGUGUUUGAAUUAUUUGUAUUUCAAACACCUUUUUAACAUUUCUGAAUUCUCAUCUUCAUAACCUGGCUGUAUGGCACCCUACCCGCUCUGUUUUGGCCUUGUCCACUAGGAGUGGAAAGUGGGUCUAGAGGAAAUAAGUUGAAACUAUGAUGGUGCUUAUUUAGAAUUUAA